UACUAAUUUGAUUCAAAAACAACCAAGUCUGAUUAAUUUUUCAGCAAACAACUUCGUCUCAGUAAAUGGUUAAGGGUCGUUUCAUUUACCAAUUUUGCUUUCAAUACAGGAUUACUUUGUUCACGAGAUGUCACAGAGCGGAAAAUAUAGAGUUCUAGUGGAGGAUAACGACGAGGAUAAUGUGUUCCAUCCCUCAACCGAAGAAGGUGUGAACAAAGUGGCAGCUCCCUCUAUAACCCAGCAGCUGGUCCAGAGGGAGAAGGAGAGAGAGGUCAGUCUGCGCCAGAGGACAUCCAAGGGCACGCAGGUCGAACUGUCCAGGUCUUUUUUCCUGAGGCAGAAGAGUGCGACUGGGACCCACUCCUCUCUCAGUUUCCACAACCUCAACUACCACGUCAAAGUUUCUAAGGGCUUCUGCAAAGGUCACGACCGAAAACAGAUACUGCACGGGGUCAAUGGCAUCUUCAAACCAGGCUUGAAUGCUAUCAUGGGACCCACCGGUAGCGGCAAAACAACCCUUCUGGACUUGCUGGCAAUGCGCAAGGACCCAGAGGGGAUGACUGGGAUGAUUCUGCUGGAGGGUCAGGCUCUACCGAAGGACUUCAAACUCAUCUCCUGUUAUGUGGUUCAAGAUGACGUCGUGUUGGGCACCCUCACAGUCAAAGAGAACCUUACAUUCAGCGCCAAGCUACGACUAAGAGGCCAGCAGCGUCUGGAAAUUGAGGAAAGAGUGGAGCAAGUACUGCUUGACUUAGCACUGGACAAAUGCGCCGACACUCUGGUGGGCACUGACCUGAUAAAGGGCGUGUCUGGAGGCGAGCGGAAAAGAUGCAACAUUGGAGUGGAGCUGCUCACUCAGCCGACUGUGCUGUUCCUGGACGAACCAACGACUGGGCUGGACUCCACGACCGCAUUCAACGUCAUGAACCAUCUCAAAACACUGGCAUCGCAUGGACGCACAGUGAUCUUCUCCAUCCACCAGCCGAGAUACUCCAUCUUCAAACUGUUCGACAAACUGCACCUCAUCUCCAAGGGACACACUGCAUACCACGGACCAGCAGACACAGCCCUCGACUUCUUCGCAUCGUGUGGGUUCCCGUGUGACAGCUUCAACAACCCCCCUGACUUCUUCCUGGAUGUGUUGAUGGAGUGUGAGGGGGAGGGACCACUGCAGACUCUGAACAAGAGUGGCUGGGUCAAGUCCACCACUGAGAGACGACAUAGCAUGAGGAGGACGAGCAAGAGCUACUCCAUUCGAUCUGAUUUGGACCGGGGUGUUGAGAAGAACUAUGACCUACCUGGUGCAUUUGGGAAGUCUAAACACCACAAGCGACUGGCUGAGCAGCUGAAGGAUGAAAAGGGGUUCUCGAGGAACAACGAAGUCCAGAUGAACCUCAACCAGUUCAAGGUCGACUACCCCGCCAACUUUUUCCAGCAGGUGUUUUACAUUUGCCAGAGGCUUCUUCGGAACACCAAACGAAGUCCGGGCGCGGUCGUCUCGCAAAUUCUGGUGUCGACGUUGUUUGGCCUCAUAGGGGGCGUGUUCUUCCUACACACGGGGGGAGACCUGUCCACCCAGAGUGGCUAUCAGAACAGACAGGGCGUGGCAUUCUUCACUUGUGCCAACUCCCUUUUUGGGGGUGUGGCCGUCAUCACCAUAUUUGUCACUGAGAGAUCCCUAUUCUUACAUGAGAGUGCUAAUGGGUUCUACCGAAUCUCCUCCUACUUCCUGUCCAAGUUCCUCUGUGACGUCAUCCCCCUCCGAACCAUACCCACAGUCAUAUUUGCCACACUGCUCUACUGGAUGACAGGCAUGAAGACGGACGUGACAGCCUUCUUCCUCUACAUAUUGACUGCGUGUCUGGUCGCUCUGGCCGGCUGCUCCGCGGGACUGGCAGUCAGUGCCACCUUCAACGUCAUCCCAGUGGCCAUCCUGUCCGUCACCACCACAUUCGUACUCAUGCUGAUGUUCGGCGGUUUCUACAUUGACGUGGACAAUAUCCCCUUUCCAUUCAAGUAUCUCCAGUACCUCAGCUGCAUCAGAUACGGAAUUGCAGCAAUCAGCAUCCAGGAACUGAAAGGAAAAGUGUUCACAGAUGAAGACGCGGGUUUUGGCAACUUGACUAAAACGGGGGAGGAGUACAUGAAAGAUGCGGGGAUCAAGUUUGCAACUGAGUGGGACUACUGGCAGAACCAGGUGGGGCUGGGAUCCAUCAUGAUCGGAUGUCUCCUCAUCACCUACGUCAGACUCAGACUCAUCAAGAAGCUCAAAUGACCUUACACAACUGACAAAUGCGCAAUCAAUACAUCAUUAUAACUCACAAGUUGUUCAUGGCAGAUGCCACACGACUUGCUAAUGUCUCCAUUUAGAUUUCACAGGGCACUCUUUCAGGCCGAAUUCAGAUGUAAAUGGGAUUAUGAUACUUCUUGAUUUGUAUGUUUUUGUGUAUUUCGGCCUCAAA